AGAUUAACAGAACAGCCUGGACAAGUUCCCAACCCAAGUGAGGCUGCUAAAGUUGGAGGGCCCGAAAAGCCAGCAGGAAGCACCUUGAAAAGCCAGACCUCCGAGAGUGGGAGCAGCGACUCUUCUGAGAGUGAAGAGGAGACCCCCGUGGCACAGAAACAGCCUCCACCAGCUGCGAAAACCAACGCUGUGCCCAAGCCAGCAGGUGGGAAGAAGGCCCAAGCUGCAGCCCCGGUGCCAGCGCCAGCCCCUCCGCCUGCGGAGAGCAGCGACGAUUCCAGUGAGGAGUCGGAUUCCGAGGAGGAAAUAAUCCCCCCUUCACAGGUCCUUCCACCUUCAAGCCCAAAGCAGGCAGUUCCCACAGGGAGAGCAGCUCCAGCCAACGCUGCGGCUCCACAGCCUGCUUCAGUGCCCAGAAAUCCCACUGCUGUGCAGAAGAAGCCAGGGGGGCAGCCUGCCCAGGACGCCAGGCUGAGCCAGGCCACGCUGCCCACCCAAGCAGAGGAGACCUCAGACAGCAGCAGUUCCUCCGACAGUGACGAGGAGGAGACGCCCAAGGAGGUCCCCAAACCUGGUGUGCUGCAGAAACCAGGAGGCACUGAGCCAGCCCACAGCUCCUCCUCGGAGUCCAGCGAGGAAGAAGAUGGGACAGCAUCACAGUCCCUCCUCACAGGCUAUAUGGGCCUCUCCAAGGCCCCAACAGCACCUCAGACACCAAAGACGGUUCCUUCCUUGCCUGUGGGCAAAACAGGACAAGGAAAAGCCGCAGUGCCUGCUGCGAACCCCCCGGCCAAGGCCUCCGUAACAGCAGCCCCAGACGACAGCUCCAGCAGUGACAGCAGUGACUCCGACACGGACGCUGAGCAGGUGCCUGCAGCCCAAAAAGCAGAAGACAAACCCCCUCCAGGGCAGGAAGCCACAGGACCCACUGGCAAAGAGAAGGCAGCUGGAAAGACGGCACCGAGUCAUGCCAGCCUCAAAGCUUCCCCAGUCAAGAAAGCCCUUGGGGUGAAGCAGAAUGACAUUGGGACAAAAGGGACACAAGGAAACCCGUUGCCAUACGCACUGCUCUCCAUCCCCGAGUCAGAGGAGCCAAGCUCGGGCAGCGAAAGCGAGGCCACCACUGCUGCCAAAAUCCCUGCAGUGCAAACGCUGGGAGGGCUGGAAGAGAAGAAGAAGAAAAAGAAGGAAAAAAAAGAAAAGAAGGAAAAGAAGAAACCCUCCUCCGCAGCAGACAAGGCUGGGAAAGCACCCAAGAGCAAAGACAAGGAGAACAAGAAGCAGAAAGGCUCUCAGAAGCGGAAACUACCGGGAGAGGAUGGAGCUGUUGGGCAGCCCAAGGAGAAGAAGCGGAAAGGGCAGGAUAAUGAAGAAGUGCCCAAAAAGAAAAAGAAGAAAGCAGCUGGUGACCUGGAGAAGCUACCAGGGAGCAAGGACAAGAAAAAAUCCAAUAAAAAAAAAAAGAAUGGAAAAGAGAAGAAGAAGAAGAGCAAAAAAGCGUCUUCAGAAGGGGAGCCAACAGCAGAUGGCUCUGCUGAAGUUCACAAGAAGAAGAAGAAGAAGAAGAAAACAACCGAGCCUCAAGAGUUAUGA